CCUCUUUCCUAGCAAAUAUAUACUACGAAUUUUACGAAUAACUAUACCUUAUAAUCAACAUACCGCGAACAUUUAUGAUAAUCUACAAGUUCUACAACAAGACACACAAUUGUACAAGCUUAGUAGAGGUAAAUGCUGUACAAUGGACUCUGUUAGUGUAUCAGCCGGUGGCCGAGUAGCUAAAAUUUACAUGCAUGGCGAAAGACAACGUAAAAUUACCUCCAUGAAAAAUGGACUUGAAUCUAAAAGAUUAAAUGCAAUCAAACGACAAAUUGAAGACGACAAAGCUACGGAACGAUAUUUAUGGGAAAGAAGUGCAAAAAAGAUAUUCCAAUCAAACGAUGAUAUCAAAGCGUUUCAAAAAGCGUUAAUUCAACGCAUCACUGUGGUUAAAGAGAAGAGUAAAAUGUCCGGAGAAAUAAGACCACUAAUAAAUCUUGGACGGUAUGGUGGAGCUUCGCUUGAUCAGAUCAGAAAAGAAAGUCAUAAAUACAAACCUAUACGUAAUCCCGAGCAAAGGCGAUUAAUCAAAACUCGAAUUUUAUUGGAACAAGGCAAACGCAAUGGACAAAUCAAGACAUUUCGCUCUGACGUUUUGGGUGAUGUUACAGAAAGUAUUUUACAGCUCGAGAAAAUUACGAAGCCUCCUAAUCCCUUGCAAAGAGCACUGGACGUCGCAAAUCUUGAAGAUGUUGAAGAGGCGGAUGAAGAGUCGUUCAGUAGACAGCAGGUUUCUGCUGUUUCACGUACCGAAAGAGAAAAAUUUGUUGUUCGACGCAGACGACUUCUUUUGCCUCCUGUUCAAGUAUCAAGAACAAUGCAACCAAAUGAAAAUUAUUACAGGCAAAUAUCUGCACAUUAUAGAGAAAUGAAAUCUAAUCUUACGCGAGAACAUGCUGGAGAGGCACUAAGUGGUAUACCUGAAGAAUACGUCCGAUUAAAAACAGACAUUCCCAUCAAGGAACUAGUAGAGCGAAGUGAGAAAAAUCAUAUAAUAGAUGAGAUAAAAAGUGCACGAAGAAAAUCGACCUCGAAAGAACAACGGCAAGCCAGCUCAAGAAGGAGAUAUUACGAAUGGGAUUAUACAAAACCUCUUGGUCCGGUGGCCGAGGGAAGAUAUUUUGCUGAAGGGAAGAGGUUCUGGAAACCAAAAGAAAGUGUUGUCAUGAAACACAUGCAAAAGGUUGUGCUUCCUAAAAUAGUAUAGCAGUUUUUGGUAUGCAUUUCCUGCAAUCAGUUACCAAACUCUGCCUCUGCAAAAUGCUGUAAUGGGAAAAUGUUUCAUCGUAUAUAUAUGAUUAUCCUUUUGCGCUACUACAUUAGGAUCAUAUAUCAGUGACCACAAGAAACCCACUUGUGAGUAUUCUCAACCAGUUGAUUUUCCGGACACGACUACCUCCAUUGAUAUCUUUAUAGCCCAUAUUAUUUCAACUACAUGCCCCCAUUAUGGCGUCUAUGGUCAAUGCUAUAUUUUUAAUAUACUGAAUAUUAGCAUAAUUUACUGUACUGCCUGUACUGUGUGUAAUGCUUUAUGAUUGAGUGUACAGAACAUGGGCCGUCAAUGAGAGUGUCAGCAAUGGUGAACUAAUGUUUUUCAU